AUGCAUUUGUAUAAUUUGACACUACAGCCGCCAACAGCUAUUAACCAAGCUGUGGUUGGCAACUUCUCGGGAGGGCGUCAGCAAGAGAUUGUCGUCUCAUAUGGUACAAGGGUUGGCUUCAUAUGCCCAGAUCCUGACACCGGAAAGCUUGUCACGGUGAGUGAAAGUGACGUCUUUGCAUCGAUCCGCUCCCUUGCGUCCUUCCGCUUGACCGGCGGAACGAAAGAUUAUGUCGUUGUCGGAUCUGACUCUGGGCGCAUAGUGAUUCUCGACUACGAUCCGAAGACUGGCACCUUCGUGAAGCUGCAUCAAGAAACCUUCGGGAAGUCUGGUGCACGCCGUGUAGUGCCUGGCCAGUAUUUGGCUACGGAUCCCAAGGGCCGCUGCGUCAUGAUAUCUGCUUUAGAGAAAAGCAAACUCGUUUACGUCCUCAACCGAGAUACUACAUCCAACUUGACGAUAUCGUCACCGUUGGAAGCCCAUAAGAACAUGGCCAUAGUACACCACAUUGUUGGUCUAGACGUCGGUUUUGAGAACCCCGCAUUCGCAGUUUUAGAGGUCGAUUACGCAAAGUCCGAUCAGGAUCCAACUGGCGAAGCCUUUCAGAAUGUAGAGAAGAUGUUGACCUACUACGAGCUCGAUCUCGGUCUCAAUCACAUUGUUCGUAAAUGGAGCGAACGAACAGAUUCUCGCGCAAAUCUCCUCGCUCAGGUUCCUGGUGGACAAUUGACUACUUCUGAGCGAUUUGACGGUCCGUCGGGUGUAUUAGUGUGCUGCGAAGACCAUAUCAUCUACCAACACAUGAAUGCACCUCAGCAUCGGGUACCGAUCCCUCGAAGGGAGCAUCCACUUGAGGAUUCAUGCCACGGGCUUUUGAUAGUGUCCGUAGUGAUGCACAAGUUGAAGGGCAGUUUCUUCUUCCUUCUGCAGAGCGAGAAGGGAGACUUGUACAAAGUGACCAUUGAACAUGAACAUGAGAACGUGAAGGCUCUCAAAAUCAAAUAUUUCAGUACAGUGCCUGUAUCUUCUAGUCUUUGUAUCCUGAAGUCCGGUUUCCUCUUUGUGGCUUCGGAAUUUGGUAAUCAUCUUCUUUAUCAGUUCCAAAAGCUCGGAGAUGAGGAUGGCGAGCCGGAGUUUUCGUCGACAUCAUACCCGUCCUUUGGCAUGCAAGCUCCUGCUGAGCCACUGCCCCGUGCUUACUUCAAGGCUUGCGACGUCGAUAAUCUCGUCUUGGUGGAUGAGGUGGACUCACUGAAUCCCAUACUUGAUGCCAAAGUGAUGAAUGUGCUGCCCCAUUCUACUCCUCAGAUAAUUACUGCGUGUGGUAGAGGAGCUAGAAGUUCCCUCCGAACGCUUCGGCAUGGUCUCGACGUAGAAGAAAUAGUCGAUUCUGUCCUUCCUUAUGUCCCGAAUGGUGUGUGGACGGCGAAGAAAAAGCGCGACGAUACUUAUGAUUCCUACAUCAUCCUAUCGUUCACUAAUGGUACACUAGUUCUCGCCAUCGGUGAAAACAUAGAAGAAAUACAAGACACAGGUUUUCUUUCUUCCGUACCUACACUCGCCGUGCAACAGAUCAGCGAAGACACUCUCCUCCAAGUCCAUUCCCGUGGGAUACGACAUAUCUUGGCUAGUCGGCAUGUCUCAGAGUGGAGCGUACCUGAGGGCAAAGCUAUUGUUGCUGCGACCACGAAUAGGCGACAAAUAGUUGUGGCUCUGAGUUCUGCAGAGCUAGUUUACUUUGAGCUUAACUCCGAUGGACAACUCAACGAGUACCAAGAAAGGAAGGCUAUGGGCAGUACUGUUCUGGCUAUGAGCGUCGGAGAAGUGCCAGAGAGUAGACAGAGAAUGCCUUAUGUGGCUGUAGGUUGCGAAGACCAGACUGUUAGAAUCAUCUCACUCGGACCGGAGACUACGCUUGAAACUAUCAGCCUGCAGGCACUGACUGCUCCGCCGUCAUCUAUCAGUAUGAUCAAUUUACUGGACAAGAGUAUCAACAAGUCUCUCCCCACGACAUUCGUGUACAUCGGUUUGCAAAACGGCGUGCUACUUCGCACAGUCCUCGAUGUUGCCGAUGGCCGGCUGACUGAUACCAGGACGCGUUUUCUUGGCACCCGGUCUGUGCGCCUUGUACGAGUUGAGGUCCAGCGUACGCCAGCUAUUCUGGCACUUUCCUCCCGGAUGUGGUUGAACUACACAUAUCGAGACUCCAUGCACUUCACGCCACUCCUAUCGGAGCCGUUCGAAUUUGCGUCAACGUUUUCUUUCUCGUCUUGCCCAGAAGGAUUUAUUGGAAUAGCAGGGAACACACUUCGUAUACUCCAAGUACCCAAGCAUGGGAGCGAGCUGAAGCAGAACAGUGCCCCGCUGUCGUACACGCCGCGCAAAAUCGUGUCGCAUCCGGAGAACCACUACCUGUAUCUCAUUGAAAGCGACCAUCGCACUUGGAGCGAAAGCGCCGCCAGAAGUCAACUGACAAAGCAGCAAGAGGGGUUGUUACUAUCCGGAGAGAUAGGCAAGGGCUUAGGAAAUCUAUUGAACGUAAAGGCGCCUGCAGGUAUCUGGGCUUCGUGCAUACGAAUUGUCGAUCCAGUUCAGAACAACACUGUCGCCGUCAUUCCGUUGGACAACAAUGAAGCCGCGUUCUCGCUUGCCGUCGUGCCGUUCACCGUCCUCGGUGGUGAGUUGCGCCUGGUUGUCGGCACAGGUCAGGACACUGUUCUCGCGCCGCGCUCGUGUACACGCGGCUUCUUUCACACGUAUUGCUUUACCAUGGACGGAGCAGGAUUAGAACUCCUGCACAAGACUGAAACCCGAGAUAUACCCCAUGCUAUUAUGCCAUUCAACGGAAUGCUUGUUGCUGGAGUUGGCAGUGCUCUUGGAAUUUAUGAUACUGGAAAGAAGCAGCUACUCCGGAAGGCUGAGAACCGCAACUUCACCUCAGCCAUCGUGACGCUCAGCACACAAGGUCACAGAAUCCUGGUAGGAGACAUGCAGGAAUCUGUCUCAUUCGCCGUCUACAAGCCUCCUGAGAAUCGAUUGCUGGUAUUUGCUGACGACACACAAGCACGAUGGGUUACCGCGCAAGCUAUGCUGGAUUAUACCACAGUCGCUAUCGGUGACAAAUUUGGUAACAUCCUUAUCAAUCGGUUGGACAUGAUGCUAUCGGACAAGGUCGAUGCCGAUUCCACCGGCGCUGGUAUCCUGCAACGAAAGGCCAACCUGAUGGGCGCACCUCUCAAAACCCAGAUGCUGUGUCAUUUCCAUGUCGGAGACAUAGUCACGUCAAUUCAAAACGUUGCGUUGGUUGUGGGUGGACAUCAGGUCGUGCUGUAUACAGGUCUGCAUGGGACCAUCGGCAUCCUCGUGGCACUCGUGUCCAAGGAAGACGUUGACUUCGUCUCGACACUUGAGCAGCAUAUGCGGUCGGAGCAGCUUAGUCUGGUGGGCAGGGACCACCUUGCCUGGAGAGGGUACUACGUCCCUGUGAAGGCAGUAGUCGACGGUGAUCUGUGCGAGAUGUUUGUGCGACUGCCGGCAGCUAAGCAGCGCGCUGUUGCCGCGGAGUUGGAUAGAACGGUGGGCGAGGUGCUCAAGAAAUUGGAGCAGCUGCGUGUGAUGGCAGGCGGGUUCUAG